ACAUGAGCAGGCAGAUUCUGAGAAGAGUCAAAAUAACUCGGGCUUCUCGGAAAAGUAUUUAUUUCGGUACCUGUCCUUUUGUCUUUUGUACAACCCAGUUCAGUUAAAAUGUCAUCGAAGCGUAGCUUGGAGAAAGGUCGCUCUAACGAGGAAGCUUUAGACGAAGUGAAUAAACACAUCAAAGAAGCAUUCGACAUUCUGAAGCGUGAGACGAACAAACUUCGCAAGGAGAGAAAUGCGUUCGACGAGGUUGCCAAGAAGCUCGAGCAUGUUCAUUUCUCGACGAUGCUGAAGCUUAACGUCGGUGGCCAUGUUUUCUCAACAAGUUUGGCGACCAUGACUAAAGAUCCAGGGUCCAUGUUACAUGCCAUGUUUUCAGGUAGAUUUGACACAAAACCUGGUGAGGAUGGAUCUUACUUCAUCGAUCGAGAUGGAACCCACUUCCGACAUAUCCUAAAUUAUCUUCGCACUGGAAAACUCGUUUUACCGGACGAUACAGUCGUUCGCAAGGAGCUGUUAAACGAGGCGGAAUUCUAUCAAAUCGAUGGGAUACUCAAUGAGUUGAAAGCAAACCCGUUUAAAGAUUCUGCAAUUCUGUCUUCAGAACAGCGCGAAACCCUGACAGACUGGCUGAAAGACACUCGCGAAAGCUUGAGCGACGAUUACGUGUUGUUAUACCGAGCUUCUCGCAAUGGCUGGGCUGCUUCUAACUUUCAUUCCUGUUGUGAUAACAAAGGACCAACAGUUACAGUGAUCAAGAGUGGAGAUUGCAUAUUUGGAGGAUAUACUGCGCAACCAUGGCAAUCGCUAAGUACUCCAUUGUACAAAAGAGCUCCAGGUUCUUUCCUGUUCAGCCUUGUCAAUGCCAGUGGUCUGCCACCAACAAAGAUGCCUUUGAGAGAUGGUCAAGAAGGUAACGCCAUCUACUGUUACAGUAGCACUGGUCCAACAUUUGGAACUGGACCUGACCUUUCCAUAUGCAACUCUCCAAAUUCUUACAACUGCUCUGUUAGCAUUGGUAACACGUACCAGUGCCCAGCAGGUCAGAACGGUAACCUUUUUUUAACAGGGAAUCAAAACUUCACUGUGCAAGAGAUGGAAGUGUUUAUGUUCGAAAACUAGAGGCGUUUUUGUCAUUUUGUUCCUUCCUAAUGAGAUUUCAGCUGAUUUUGUAAACGUUUGGUAGUGACUAAUUUCCUCAUGGUUAAAUCGUGUUCUUGAUCCUUUAUUUGAGAACUAAGACAACAAAAACAACAACAACAUUUUUAUUCAAACUAUUCAGGUAGAAGAAAGAGAAAGAAAAAAAAAGUAUAGAAAACAAAUAGUUGAAGAUAUAUAAUUAUAUAUACAAUUUUUGAAUUAGUGUGCAACAGCCAAAGUAGCAAAGCUUUCGCGUUGGCUGCUGCUUACUUACAAUUAAAAAUAGGAACGAAGAAAACAAAUAAUAAUUAAGACUAAACUAAUUCACAAGGCAAGAAGUAUUAUGAAAAUAGAAUGGAGAUGUUGCAUUAAAAAAUUACUUACAGAAAAGUCGGGAAAAAAAGAUGGAUAUGAUUACAAAGUGAAACUUAGUUGGAAAUUCAUAACUAUGAGUGACAUUUGAGAAGAUGAUUUCUAUACCGCUUUUUAAGGUUAUUAAUAGAGAGCCGUUUCAAGUUUGUUGGUACCGUUUCCCAUUAUUUCGAGGCAGCAUAUACAAAGGUAAAUUUGCCGGUGUUGGUUCUUAAUUACUUUUGGGCAAUGAAAAUUUAUUUACCCUUGGAGGCGUAUCUGGCGUUAUACUUGGGCAAGCUAGAGACUGUUCUGAGGGAAUCAUGAAACAGUGAAGGAAUAUUGGAGGACUUGUUAAAUAUCUUAUUGCGAGUAAGCAUGUACUCAGUUUAAUGGUGUUAUCAAAUUUAAGAAUAUCAAGAAGUUUAUAGAAAACUUGAGAUGACUCUCUACUAUCAGCAAAAAAUAUACAAAGAAUGCAUCAAUUUUGAAGAGAACACAACUUGUUUAAAUUUUAUCGAUAAGUAUUUCUCCAUACUACAACUGCAUAGUUUAAAUAAGGGUAUAUCAGUGUAUAAUAAAGUUGCUUGAGAACAUGUA